GCGAGCAGGGCCGCCCCCGGCCCCACGUGGCCUGGGGGACACGCGGGUUUAUAAAGCAUUCCCGGCCCGCGCGAGUGAGGGCGGCACCGGCGGCACCGGCGGCACCGGCGGGAGCGGCGCGCGAGCCCGCCGUGCUCGGAUGCGCCCGGCGGUUCCAGCACGACCACGGCCGCCCGCGGGCCAUGGAGCUGCCCAUGGAUGUGACCAUGGAAUUGGCCUCGGUGCUGCCCACGGCCACUGCCACCUCCUGGGGCAACGGUACCGCCUGGGCCCCCUUGCCCGGACACGGAGUCAACGACACGGGCCCGCAGAGGGCCAAGAACGCUACAUCUAUCCUCAUCGCUAUCGUCAUCACUGCGCUCUACUCCGUGGUGUGCGUGGUGGGGCUGCUGGGCAACGUCCUGGUCAUGUACGGCAUCGUCAGGUACACAAAAAUGAAGACAGCCACCAACAUCUACAUCUUCAACCUGGCUCUGGCUGAUGCACUGGCCACCAGCACCCUGCCCUUCCAGAGCGCCAAGUACCUCAUGGAGACCUGGCCCUUUGGGGAGCUGCUCUGCAAGGUCGUGCUCUCCAUUGACUACUACAACAUGUUCACCAGCAUCUUCACCCUCACCAUGAUGAGUGUGGACCGCUACAUUGCCGUGUGCCACCCAGUCAAGGCCCUGGACUUCCGCACACCAGCCAAAGCCAAGAUCAUCAAUGUCUGCAUCUGGGUGCUCUCCUCCCUCAUCGGGGUGCCCAUCAUGGUCAUGGCGGUCACCAAGUCAAAAGAUGAUAUGGUCCUGUGCACUCUCCAGUUUCCUGAUCCUCCCAUCUACUGGGACACCGUGACCAAGAUCUGUGUCUUCAUCUUUGCCUUCUUGGUCCCCAUUUUGGUCAUCACCAUCUGCUAUGGGCUGAUGAUCCUUCGCCUGAAGAGCGUCCGGCUCCUCUCAGGCUCUAAGGAGAAGGAUCGCAAUUUGCGGCGCAUCACACGCAUGGUGCUGGUGGUGGUGGCAGCCUUCAUCAUCUGCUGGACACCCAUCCACAUCUUCGUCAUCAUCUGGACGCUGGUGGACAUAGACAAGAAGAACCCCUACGUGGUGGCCAGCCUGCACUUCUGCAUCGCUCUGGGCUACACCAACAGCAGCCUCAACCCUGUCCUUUAUGCUUUCCUGGAUGAAAACUUCAAGAGGUGCUUCCGAGAGUUCUGCCUGCCUUUCCGAGCCCGUGUGGACCAGAACAACUUUUCCCAUGCCAGGAGCACCAUGCGGGAGCACGUCUCUACCUGCACCCCUUCUGAAGCCCGCAACAAGCCAGCAUGACUAGAUGUGGGCAGCCCCCAGCAGGGCUGCCAGGGACACAGAGGAGAUGAGCUGCACUCAGAAGUCACCCAGGUCACCACCACAGAGUUGUAGCGGAAUGGUGGCCUGAGCGCUGCUCAGUAACAUUGCUGGGUUUGCAUACAGACUGACUGCAAAAACUUUUUUCAUCCUGGGAAAGAAAAAUGGGAGAAUUGGGACUCACCAAAUGAUGAGAGUAGGGAGAGGACCAGAACAAGAGGCAGUCUGGGCAAAGAUGCUCUGUUGCUGCCACCACCUCAACCAACAACACCCAGCAGGGGUUAUCACCCUCCAACAUGUGGCUCUUGGCAGAGCCCAGAGCACCAGAACUGCAAUGUCCACAUGCUUCUCCUCCUGCACAGGCCACGAUGACACCACAGCCCAUGGCAAGACAGGAAAUACUCACAUGGCAGAAGAGAACUGUGCCAGGAGGAUCAUAGGAUCAUUCAGGUUAGAAAAGCCCUCCAAGAUCAUCAAGUUCAACUGUUCUUCCACCACUACCAAGGCCACCACUAGCCCGUGACCCCAAGUGCGUCAUCCACACAGUGAUGGUUAAAUCUCUACAGCGACGGUUACUCCACCACUGCCCUGGACAGCUGUGCCAGGGCUGGGCAACCCUUUUAAGGAAGAAAUGUUCCCUAAUAUCCAGCCUUAUCCUCCCCUAGAAUGACCUGAGGCCAUUUUCUCUGCCACAUCAUGGGACUUUAUUCCAUCCCUCUCUGAACUGUGUCCAAAAGACAACCAGAGAUGGGAAGAGGAAUUAUGCCACUGUUUUCAAAAAGCUCCAGAUCCAUAGUAAAAAUUCUCCUGGAGUCCCUCAAAUUAGGAUUGCUCCCAGAGAAAGCUUUCUACUGCUAAUGUCAUUACUGUGUUAUUUAGAUACCUCUGACUGCAGCUAAGGCUGCCGUGGACAUGGAUGUGAUGCUGGGAAUAUGGAUAGGGGAUAGGGGAUGGAGCAGGGCACAUUUGAAACUGACCCCCAUAUCCAUGUGCCAAUACCAAAUUACCAGGGUGACAGGGCACUGAUGAAGUCAUUAAGCCCAAGAAGAACCUCAUUAAGGGAGUAAUUUGUGGGAACUCGAGUUGUUUCUCGAAGUGCUAAAGUAAUUAGAAUGGAAUAACAGGCUGCACCAAGAGCUCUCCUUCCCCUACCCAUCAGUACUGCUCAGAUUUCCAUAGCAGAGACAAAAAGGAUAGGAUGGGAUUGUGCAGUUUUUUUAAAGAAUAUCUCCUCCCUUUCACAAUUCCCCAAGCAGGGACAGAGGUUGUGCAGGUGCCUAGAAAGAACCAACAGCAGCCAGGAGGCAGAAUUUGAGGAUUUAGGCUCUCAUCUGGAUGGAACAGCAUCCCUCCAAAGGGAUAGCUGAACUUCAACUCCCAAUGCAUCCUGCAAGAACCACCAUCCAGGGACCUCCUGACCACAUUAUCUGCAGCUGAAUGAUAAUUGAUGGGUUCUCCUGUUCCCUGAAGCACCCCUCCAGCCCCAUGUCACAUUCAUGAGCCACCACUUUUCCUCCCUCUCACCUUCCCACUGUCAUUGCCAGCCAGUCAGUCAGCUCAAGGAGGAGGAUCCUUAGAGGAAGCAAUAAUAGCAUUGAGAGAAUGAAUUAAUACAGCUGGAGGAAGCAGGCAAGCGCCCAGAUGCACCUGGGCCUCACAGGCUGGAUGCAGAGCUUGGCUUUGUGUCUGGUUUCUCCAGUUGUAUCAAUUUAAGCUAAUAAAAGCCAGUACGUAGCCUCACCAGCCCCACCUUUCUCCAGAACUGUGGAAAUUGCAGUCCUCCCCAUUAGAAAGACAGAGCCCACGAGGCAGUCAAAACCAAUUCCUCUUUCAAAGGAAUCAAAUAGGGUGACAUUGCUCAUUAGGGUCUCAAAUUAAUUGUGUCGAUGCACGCGAAUGAUCCUCCCCAUCUGCUUGCACCGUGUCAAAUGUGCCACAGGCAAAGGCCUCCUGCUCAGUGCUGCAUCCAACUGGACAUCUCCAGCACGUGCCUGGGGCUCUUCAGAAUCCCUUUGCAGGCAUGAAUGGAGUCCUGGACUAUUGGUGUGACCACACUUGGGCUCCUCACCCGCUGCUACCACAGGCCCAUCUGCUCAUGAAGCAUCAGAUAAGGGGAAGCACUAUCAGUUCCAGGGCAGGAACUGGGGGGAAAUCCCUAGGGUCACAUAAAACUGAGCUUCAGCUCUAUGAGAAGAGGAACUAAGGUAUCCAGAAGGAGAUGAAGACCAUUCUUCAGCUCUUCAGCUCUACCCACCCUGGGGCAGAACCCUCAGCAGCAUGUGGUAGGUUUGGAGCUGGUUGAUAGCAAGGAUCCAGCCAUAGUGGGAUUUCAGGGUGUCCCACCAGGCUGGAUGUUCCUGCAGGGGUGGUAUGUCCCAUGCUGUGGAGCAGGACAUUUUGGAGCUCACUCCAAGAUCCAGCAUUAAGCUGAAUACCAGCUUGAUAUCUCAAAUUGUGGGGCACCCCUAAAAUAUGUGAUGACCCCAUACAUUGAUAUCUUCAAGCUGCCUUAACCAGUGCCUCAGUGUCCCCUGAAAACCAAUCCCAUGUUCAAGGAUGGGAAUGGCACAAUGGAGAGCAGUGUUUCCCACAACAGCACACGGAGGAAUGGGGGACACUGGGGAAGUGAACCCCAGCAUCAGGGAUGGAUCAUCCUUGCCCUGGCACAGACCCAUCAAGGACAUGUCAUUGUGUUGUGGGGGCCAAGAGCUCCCUGCCCAUGAGUGCUGGGAGCUGCAGGUUGACAUGGGGCUUCACGAGCACCUUGGCCACCCCACAAAAAUCGGCCCUCACUUUUCCCAUCCCCACAGGGCCUUUUUUUUAUCUGCCAGAUUCCUAGCCUGGUGGAAAAUGUGACUUCCAUGGCCUUAAUGUGGGUUAAAUGCUUCAAGUCAUUACUUUUUAAAAUGCCACCAUGCUUGGGCAGAGCUCGGAGCCCAGGACACAGCAGAGUGGCUUUCCUCAGCUUCAGGUUUGCUGACUUAAAGAAAAAUCAAAUAUUCCUGGGAAAAAUGGGUGGUGAGCAGCAUGCCAGAGCAUAUAGGCUGACAUGGACCUCGAUCAUCCCAUGCUGACAGCAUCCCAGCAGGGAUUUGGUGGCUGAUUCAGCUUCUUCCCACCUAAAAACCAGCUCCUCUAGCCCCUGUCUGGGCUAGGAAACUGGAGACAAAUCCUAGUUCAGGGAAACAGCACUGGGAGACCCUGCCUGCCCAGACUGAGCCUUGCUGUAGCCAGGAUGCUUGGAGGGAACUCUCUGUGUACUUUUAUAAAUAUAUAUGGAUGUCUGUCUAUAGCUGUAUGGAAUUAAAGUGAUCCCAAGGCCUCCCAUCACACCUCCCUACACAGCAGCUGCCCCAUAUGCGAUGGAACUGAAUAUACCGGAUCCAUAGGAUCUCACAAAGUAGUUCAGCAUCUAUUUCCAGUUCCAACCCUCGUAUUUUUGCCUUACAGUGGCAUUUCUGUACAGGAACCCUGCUUUCUAAAACUUAAAAUAAUAAA